AUGCCCUCUCUCGCCUUAACCGACCCGGAUAUGAUCCUGCCUUAUGACGGCAGCGAACGACAAUCCCAAACGCCCUCCCCACCCUCCCAACUCGUCUACCUGUCCAACCUGAACGCCCGCUAUAACUCCAACUCCGCAUCCGACCCCCAUGCCGUCAGCUCAGGCAGCGGCAGCAGCAGCGGUGGUCGGCCGAAGAAGAAUUUUUCGCGCUCCGCGUGGACACAUGAGGAUCUGAGCACGAGCGCAAGUCGCAGGCUCUCGGAUAUUGGGGAGGAAUUGUCGCCGGCGCGGUCGGUGGGAUUUGAUGAGCAGGAGGAAGAAGCACAGGGCCAAUACCAGGGCCAAUAUGCGGGAGCACCACAACAUGGUCUGACGAGUUGGCCUGGUUUGCCAGACUCGGACUCGAAUGAUACAAACGAUAAUGCGAGUAGCUCCAGCUCGACGGUUAGUGCGGGGAGCACGCGCGCGAGGGAGGAGUCCAAGUCACACGAGUCAGUCUCGAGUCAAGGCCAGGGUCAAGGUCAGAAUCAGGAUCAAGCUCGGGAUCAAACUCAGGUUCCGGCUCAGGAACAGGAACAGGAACCAGAUCUGGUUCAGGGCGCAUCGAAUGAACUUAAAGGUCUUCCCGACAAAAAUACCAUCGCGUCAGCCGUGAAGGGCAAGGGUCCUGGUGACGAGUUCUCGUCGGCCAUUUUGAGCAGCGAAGCCGAGAGGAUUUUGGAUAAUGCGAAGAAACGAUUGACGCUAAUGGAAGGUAACCUGAACCGUGCACGUUCAACGGUGCGCGCCACACCUUCUCCCUCGCCCUCGGCGCCAGGAAAUACAUCGCCAAUGGGAAUGCCAGCGGGUGGAUUAUAUCGGUCCAUCUCCAAGACAGACCGGCGAAGCUCGACCUUGCGCCGACAGUCAUACGUACCUCCACAAGAUGGUUCGACGAAUCGCCAUUCGCGCGUGCACAGCGAGACAAAUUUCCCGCCAGAAUCGAGCCUGUCAACAGAUACCAAGAAAGUAUCUCGCUCAGUCAGCGCAAUGGGAUCCAGCAGCUCGAGUUUACAUAAUGAUGACCGGUCAUUCCAAUAUGCUCCGACGAGAGCGUACCUCACGCAUCGCGCGUCUAUAUCUUCUAUUCGGCCCCCACACCUCGAAGCGCUCUCCCAGUCGCAAUCAAACUCGUAUGAAAAUUCACCACAAUCUCCGCAGUCGGCGAGAUCACGACAAUCAGGAUACUCGCCUGUGGCCAGCCACUCACCCGUUUCAAUUUCGCACGAGGGUAGUUCCCAAGACUCACCGCAGGGACUGGGGAUAUCCGCCGAAGAUGAAUCCAGAUCGACCAAUGGGGGUGACUUUAGUCCCGUAUAUAGCUCUUAUGGCCCGCCCAGCCGUGCACAGUCUCAACUUCAGGUUCGCGAUCUCCAGUACCAGAUGAAGGGCCUGCAUAUCAAGAUUUCCUCCCUGAAAGUUCGGACCCAGGAGGAUAAUCUGCGCCGGCGCAGUCUGCAGAGUCUGCGUACGCCGAGUCCCCUUACUGCUGCGGACCCCUGGUACCAGAAUGGUCUCGAGAUCCGAGAUGGUACGAGUAGUCGUGGCUCCAAUGCACGCGAGUCUCGUCCUCACAGCCAAAAUCUCACUAAGGAGAAUAAUUCCCCUCGAGAAACUGACGAGAGUCAUACGCAUCGGUCGCAAUCACAGGCACAGGCACAGUCCCAAUCGCAGUCGCAGUCCAAACGUGCUAGCUCUACUUGGCAAGACCAACCAUCCUACCACGACAGCAGAAACCAAUCCACAGCACAGAGCAUGUACGAAGACGCCGAAGAAGGCUACUACGACGGUGAAAUCGACCGCGAAGCUCUAGAUGAAAUCCUCCGCGAACCUCUCGACGAGGACCUGGAGAGUCAACUCGACUAUCCCCAGAAUGGAGAGGGCGUACCGCACGAAGAGCGCGAGGACGCUUUCGAUUAUGAACAUUUCAUUCUGCAUAGUGCGUUGGGCAACUAUUCUCGCCAACUUCGACGGGCAAGUAGUGCUUCUCGGGAAUCUGCUGAGACCACGCGACCUACUCAUAGGCCCGUGCAGCAUUCUCGCACUAAUAGUAAUAUGUCUGAUUCUACGGUGGCUACUUUUGCUACUGCUACCGAGGGAGAUAUCCCCGAGGAGGAGGAUGAGAUUAAUAGUGUGAUGUACUGGGAUCGUCGGUUUAACCAUGAACUACGCCAUCGCCACGUCGACGAGCCCGUUCCCGAAACCGAUCGAUCCGAAACCCCUCGCGGUCCACGAGGCGGAGAAGGCGACGGCGAUACCACCCCGGUCGAGGGCCAAUUCUUCGACGCGAAUGGCCGAUCUUCAUCAGCGACGACCGGCUCCGCUACCCCGACUUCUCUCGUCUCCUCGCUUGUUUCUACUGUUCGUGCGGCAUCGGCUUCGAGUCCGCACCCUGGCUCUGCGACACCGACACAGUCUGGUGGUGGUAUCAAUGAUGAUGAUACCCAGAUGUUGGAGCAAUUGUUUUCUAGCUUGGGGAAUGUUUGCAUGGAUCUUCAGGCUAUUACUACCUCUCCUGAGCCGGAUCUUAAGUCUGCGAAAAUUCUUCGGAGACGAUUGGAUGCGGCGAGGAGGGUUUUGGAUGGUGAGCUUGAUACUUGA